AUGUGGGACCUGACUAUCACUGGAGAGUUUCUUGCACUGUUAGAUAUUCUCAAACACCACCAGUGGCUUGGGCCUGUCCCGAGAGUCAUUAAAGCCGAAGAAAAGGUUCCUGGCUGUGAAGACGCCAAGGGCAAACACUCUUCUGAGAAUGACUUGUUCCCUGCGUGGCAGAAGAUAGUGCCCCCACACCGAGAAAAGAAGUAUGAGUGCCGGUUCUGCCCUUUCUCCUGCGCCGAGACAACGGGCAUCAAGAAGCACGAGAUGACGCACACAGGCGAGAAGCCCUUCAGCUGCCGUGUCUGCCACAGAGUGUUUGCACUGAAGUUUAACCUGAAGGUUCACGAGAGAAUUCACACGGGUGAAAAGCCAUUCAGGUGCGAGACUUGCCCGAAGGCGUUUUCACACAAAAGCACCCUCCAGGCUCACGUGAGAAUCCACACGGGGGAAAGGCCGUUCAGGUGCCAGACUUGCCAUAUGGCUUUUGCGGGUAGCAGCGACUUGAUGCGUCACAGAAGGGUCCACACAGGCGACAAACCGUACAGGUGCGGAACUUGCGGGGCUGCCUUUCAGCGGCGGUUCCAGUUGAAGUGUCACGAGGGACUUCACGGUGGAGAUCCGCCGUUUCAUUGCAAGCUGUGUGGAGAAAAGUUUGUGCAAAAAGCUUAUUUAAAUAUACAUAAGAAGGAGCGUCACUCAUGAAGUACAUCAGUCGUAUAGUAAAAGGUAGUGUAGCUUGACGUGUUUGUACAGUGUCGUUUUACUUUUUUUAUUCGAGACCACUUGUUAACUGAUCACUUAUUCAUGAAUCAUCUAUGAUUAGGGUUUCAUGUUUUCGGAGUUUAUUUUUUUCUCGAAUUUGGGAGUUUCUUUUUUUGGCGCUUUUUGUGUAAAUUGGUUAUGACUUAACCAAUUUAGACAAAAACACCGAAUCUGCGGGGAAAAUUAAACAAAAAAAAAUUACCCUAAAGUCGAAAAAAAAAGAAACUCCGAAAACACGGAACUUUAUGAUCUACCAAUACUCGCCGCCAUUUGACACAUACUGUGAGGACUACAGAGUGAACCAUCAUGAAAGGCGCACUCACACCGGCGAUGUAAGCAAUCGCGCGAUGCGACUAGAUCGCAUCGCAAAAAAAUUAGAUGGCCACACUGGCGUGCGCAAUGAGCGAGUCCAACGCCUUCGUUGGCGAGUCGCUUCUCAAAAGCUCACACUUCGAA